CAAGAACCUACUACAAGAGUUGGUUCAGGCUAGUGGGAAUGCCCUCCCCAUUUAUAUGGUAUUGGAAACCAAUGUGCGUUUAAGGCGAUAGUUAUGGGCCUUGAUUUUCAAUUUGAAGGUGCUGCACAAGUUAGGAAGAAAGAGGCCAGUUAGGAAGAAAGAGGCCGAGCAAUCGGUGGCUUGUGAGGCCUUCAUUUUUCUUUCUCAUCGUUGUGGUCAAGAGAGGAGGCAGGUUAGAGAUGAAAGCACUUUAGACGUAGAUCCCAAAUUAGUGACAUUUCUGACGGGCUUACAUCUGAAAAGUACUUAUAUAAUGGUUUGUCUCUGGAUAUGAGUGUACUCCAAGUGGAGUUAGACAUGCUGCUAGCUGAGCGAUGGACUAGGUAUCGUACACAUGGGGAGCUUCCUGCUAUUGCUGGCUUUGAGAGUUGCCUCUGAUAUGGUGGUGAAGAAGAAGAAGAUGUAGACGAAGUCAAUGGUGAUGGUGAGGUGAUGAUGAAGCCAAUGGAGGAUGGCAAUAUUGAUCAAGAUGCAGAUCUAAUGAUAGGCGGUGAUGCUGAUGCUGAUGCUGAUGACAAUGUGGUUCCAGUGUGCAGAGCUUCUAAAAAAUCCAGUGGAUGGCUUCUCAGCUGGACUGGUAGAUGAUGACAAUAUCUUUGAAUGGAACGUGACUAUUACUGGACCUCCUGAUACCAUCUAUGAAGGUGGCUGUUUCAAUGCAAUUAUGAGUUUCCCCUACAACUACCCAAAUAGCCCUCCAUCUGUGAGGUUUACUUCAGAGUUGUGGCAUCCAAAUGUUUACCCUGAUGGGCGUGUUUGCAUCUCCAUACUUCAUUCCCCUGGGGACGAUCCAAAUGGUUAUGAACUGGCUAGUGAGCGUUGGUCACCAGUACACACAGUGGAAACAAUCCUUUUGAGUAUUAUAUCAAUGCUUUCAAGUCCGAAUGAUGAAUCACCUGCAAAUAUUGAUGCUGCGAAGGAAUGGAGAGAUCACAGGGAUGAAUUUAAAAGGAAGGUGAGCCGCAUCGUCCGGAAAUCACAGGAAGCUUUAUAACAUUGUAAAGCAUCGGCAAUGAAUAGUUGCUACUGAUUUAAUGCCAUGGACCUAUGUAUUUAUGAUCGAGUAUAGACUGCCAAAGGGCAAAGAUAGUAAUGUCUGUUGAAAAGAGAGAGAGAGAGAGAGAGAGAGAGAGAGAGGGGCUUAAGUUUAAGAAGACGCAUGUUUCGUGUCAACGCGUUAGCAUGAUUUUAUCUUGUCUCACUUGUUCCAUUUAGUAUCCCCAAAAAUCGAUCAUUAUUUGCGUUUGAAAAGAAUCAUUGUAGGAGCACAUGGGCCAUUUACUAGCUGUAGGAUUCCAAAUUCUGUGGACUUAACUCCCUCAACCCAGUGACUAGUGACUUGAGGGAAAAAAAAAGAUAAUUGUAGGCAUUCUUAAUGCAUGGAAGGAAUAAUUUUGGGAGAAUGAAUGGAUACUGCUCU